GCAGCGGGGAGAAUGUUGCCUGUGCACCAGAGACAGUUUCUAAAUGGCAUUCCACUCCCUUCCUCAAGGAAAACAUUACGUCUACGGGAAAAAUAUAUUAUAAUUCUAGUAUUUGUAACUUUUGGCACAUUCUGUUUUGGGGCAUUUUUCUUCCUACCUGAUUUACGGGACCGAAUGAGUGUGGACGAAAUGAGAAGACAGUUUCGUGAUGCAGGCAAUGAAAUGUUCAUUCCCAAGGCUAGGGACAGUGACAUUGUGUUUGAAAAUGGUAAACUGAUUGGUAAGGUGAUAAAGCAUGAUGUUGAUGCAAUAGACCAUCACGAUAUUGAAGACAAAUUUAAGAUUUUAAAAAAAGUAGAAGAAGCAAAGGAACAGGAAAGAAUGCUUGAGGCGAUUCGAAAUCGUUUGAACAUGUCGAAAGGCCACCACGAGACGAUACGUAAAGAAAUCCAAUUGGAAAAAAAUAUCGUUUUAGAGAAGAAAAAGCAAGAAAUUGAGGAGCGGAAAAAAAAACAAAUCGAACAACACCUGAAAGAGGUGACGGAGCAUGAUGGUGGACCGGGGGUUCAGGGCGGCCAGCCCGUCGAUGUUGAAACACAAAAACGAAGAGAGAAAGUGAAGGAGAUGAUGAAACAUGCCUGGGACAAUUACGUCAAGUACGCAUGGGGCGCCAACGAGUUAAAACCUAUCUCCAGACGUGGUCACACUGCCAGUAUAUUUGGUAACACUGCUUUUGGGGCUUCCAUUGUUGACGGUUUGGAUACCUUAUAUCUCAUGGGACUCAUGGAAGAUUACAAAAAGGGAAGAGAUUGGAUUGCUGCCUCCCUCAAUUUUCAAGGGAAAAGUGACAUUUCUGUCUUUGAGGUGAAUAUCCGGUUCAUUGGUGGGAUGUUGAGCUGCUACGCUAUGACAGGAGAUAAGAUGUACAAAGAUAAAGCCAUCAUGAUUGCGGACAAGUUAUUGCCUGCGUUUAAUACUCCAACAGGUAUUCCGUAUGCUAUGGUGAAUUUAAACAGUGGGUCUGGUAGAAACUGGGGUUGGGCAUCUGGAGGUUGUUCUAUUCUAGCUGAAUACGGCACACUUCACCUAGAGUUUGCAUAUCUUACACAAGUCACAGGAAAUCCUAUUUACUUAAAAAAGGUUCUUCGAAUCCGUGAAGUACUUAAACAAUUAGAUAAGCCUUUUGGUUUAUAUCCCAAUUAUCUCAACCCCAAAACUGGAAAAUGGGGUCAACAACACUUUUCUGUGGGUGCCUUAGGUGAUAGCUUCUAUGAAUAUUUAUUGAAGGCUUGGCUGCUGUCCGGCAAGACCGACAAUGAAGCCAGGGCCAUGUAUGAUAGUGCUGUGGCUGGCAUAGAGCAAAAACUGCUCCACACAUCAAGAGGUGGCCUUAGAUAUAUGGCAGAGGUCAAAUCAGGGAGGGUGGAGCACAAAAUGGACCAUCUAGGAUGCUUCUCCGGAGGCAUGUUAGCUCUGGGUGCUGCUGGAUCGAGUGACCCUCAAAAAUAUCUCCAACUUGGUGCAGAUCUUGCACAUACCUGCCAUGAGGCCUAUACUAGAACUAGGGCAGGUUUAGGUCCCGAAUCAUUCCGUUUUGAAGGUGGUGAAGAAGCCAAAGCUGUUCGUCAGAAUGAAAAAUAUUAUAUUCUUCGUCCAGAAGUGAUAGAGACCUGGUUUUAUAUGUGGCGGUUGACGAAAGACCAAAAGUAUCGAGACUGGGGAUGGGAAGCUGUUCAGGGAAUGGAGAAACAUUGCCGAACAGAGGGUGGUUACAGUGGCAUCCGUGAUGUCUACCAGGUCACUCCACCAAAAGAUGAUGUACAGCAGAGUUUCUUUCUCGCUGAAACGUUAAAAUAUUUAUACCUUCUUUUCUCAGAUGAUAGUCUGCUUCCAUUAGAUAAAUGGGUCAUUAAUACCGAAGCUCACCCAUUUCCAAUAAACAGGGUCAAUCUUACCAAAACACGAUAAUAUAGGCUUAUUAAAGAGAGACAUUCAUAGGUACUUUAACUGAGGAGUAGGUGUGGGACCUGUGUGGUCUAUGUUAUUAAGAUUUUAGGAAUAGUUUUUCAAAAAGUAGAAAACUAGUGUCUUCUUAUUCAAAAGUUGCCAAACUAUAAGCCAAAAGGGGCUGUUCUGUUAAUAUACCAUUUCCCAGAGUCACUUUUGGAUACUAAUUACUGGUUACUGAUUCUGCACUACCAGCCAAUGUAUAGAAGAAAAAAGUCAUUCCCAAAAUACUCAAAUUAUGAAAAAAGUUUGUUGAGUGUGUUGUGCAGAUUUUGGGGUAGUUGUUUUUUGUGAGAUUUUUCAAUAUUAAGCUGGUAGGCCUAAGCAGUAUAAAGUGAUAAAGCUCCAAGGUAGUUAGGUUACUUGGUUGAAAAUAUUUAAGGUUUACUAUCUAGAUGACUUGCAUGACUUUGUUGCCUUUUUUUGUUGUUGUCCGCCAUUACAUCAUGCAAGUCUUCUUUCGGGGGAUAAGCGGUGAUAUGGUUUUUCAUCUUUUGGGAGUACAAUAAAAUUCAAGCGAGUGGUGUACAGUACAGUACAGUACAGUACAGUACAGUACAGUACAGUACAGGCAAGUUGACUUAGUGUGAUGAAUUGCUCAUGUAGUGUGUUUCUACUGUCGUGUUAGUCUGGUACAUGUGGAUCAUAGCUUUGCUCAAAGUCAAGCAUUUCAUUGUUAACUCGGAACAAUUCUUACUUCACUUUUGAAUGAAAGUAACCGUUUGAAUUCACUGCCUUUACCUGCAAGCAUCGUGAAAGGCUUUUGUGAUGCGGUUGUGGUCAUUUCAUCAUCUGUCAUGGAGGGUAAACUAUACUUCAUUUUGGAUUGGGUAUUGGUCAGGUCAUGGCACUGGUUUAAAUCCAAUCUUGCAACGUCUGCAGUGAAAUAUUUGUGUGUCUCUCUUUAUGGACUUGUGUGCUCAGUAAAAAUAACACAUCAUUCAAACCUAUCAGUGGGAUCACUAAAGCAUCAGUGUACAUAGUAAGGUAGUUAAUGAAAUUGUAGAUAGUAAUAUACAUUUAUUGUAAAUAUGAUAAUAAUGUCAUCCUGAUGUGCUUGUAAGAGUGCAUUUUUCGUAAGUGUUAGGGCGAUUCGUUUAGCACAAAUAAACCAGAAAAUGUGCCUCCCCAAAAAUGAAAUAACAUAAAUAUUUCCCAUACACUAAAGCGCCUGCAAGCAAUUAAUUUUGCCAAGCUGUGACCUGCAAUGGGCGAAAAAAGAUCCCUAUCUGCAGGUCAAUAGGUAAUUGCUGGGUUCGAUGAUAACAGGUUGCAGCGAUCGCCAAUUCUUGUCAUGGUACAUGCGAGAUUGUAGGUCACCGCAGCAAAAAUUACUUGUUUGUGGGGUUCCCCAGCUUUGCAUGUUUGUGUAAGAACAUAUCACAUGUCUAUUAUGCUCCUACUGCCAUACAGUAAACAAAAUAGCAUGUUUACGCCAGCAUAUGACCGUUCUAUAGGACCAAUGCACUGGCCAGCCAAGCAUCAUCGAGCAUCAGUCACUGUAAAUUGAGCUUAAUUAGCACAGUCAUGACGGUGUCGCUCAGCUGUGGCGUGAAGCACUGCAAAUUGCUACAUGUAUGCUGACAUAUAAUUACCAUUUUGUAGCCUUGGAACAAGGUUAAGUAUUGGUAUACUUGGCAUACAAAGGAAAUCAUCUGACACCUCAUCAUUGUUGUAUAAAAUUCAGUUUGAAAUAUAAGGGAAUACCAUUUUGGCCCUGUGCAAAUGAAGUCUGUAACGACUCAAUAAUCAGUCUUGACUAUUUGGGGUGGAGGUCAUCCAUGCUGUCGGUUGAGUGGUAGGUGAUGUUUCUUUCCUUUUGAUUCCUUUAGGGAUGUGGUAGAGAGAACUAGUCUUAUUCUCUUGGUGCAAAUCAACAUGUCGUGAAUAACUUUAUUACAUCAGCUGAUAUGCUGCAGUGUCCUUUUAAUAUGUUGUACUUAAACUUGUGCAUAUGAUUAUUUAUAGUAAGAGUGACGGCAAGCUUUUUCAAAUUAUUAUACCGUUGAAGAUUAAUCAAGUGUUCAGUGAGAAAUUGGUAAUUGUGUGCACUUUGUGACAGAUUAGAUACCAGUUACAUUUUUCAUGUCAAAAUAAAACUUUCUCUCGAAACAUUUUUUCAUACAACACUUUGAUAAACCACCAUUCUCACAACCUGAAAGUUUGGACUGGGUCAAAUUUUUGUAUUUUUGUCUGGAAAAAUUGAAGAACUUUGCAUCUGUAGGUUUACCAAGUAAUAAACCAAACUAAACACGUUUGAGAUGACUGAAAACUGUGCUUACAUGUAAUCGUGUGUUAACGAAUUGCCACUUUUGCCAGCACUGAUGGCAGUUUAUUGUGAUAAAACAUAAUCAAAAUAUACACUGGAAGUACUUCAUAUAAUGUAAAAAAGAUUUCUAACAUUGUCAAGAGGUCAUGAGGCGAGAAUGUGAAAAGUUGUAGAGAAGUUACUCUGUAAAAAGGAAGAAUUCUAAUCUCCUGUAUCAUUGAUAAUGAUGAUAUACCUGUGUCAUAGUGUAAGAACAGGCAGUGAAAAUGUAGUCUGCAAAAAGAGUCCCUUAGAAGUAGUGUUGAAAGCCAGAUCUGUUGCAGGCUCGUGCUACUGUCCAGUAUCUGGUUUUAGGACUCUGGUUAGGUCAGACAAAUGAUGUUGAUCGUCAGAUUAAGAUGGACAAGUUACUGUACAAGAAAAUUUUCUUCUUCGUGUUCAUGCAAUGGUCUCAAAUUGAUUUCUCUUUCUGUGUAUUUAUUUUUCCGAGACAUUUCCUUUUGGGAAAUUGAAAUCUAGUGGUGUAGCUGAUAGAUUAAGUGGGUUGAAAAUGUUUGUAAAUACAAGAUGAACUCCGGCAUUGAAAAUGUGUUUUCUUGAGUAAAGUAAGGUUCAAAAUUGUUGCUCAGCUAUACAUUUUAUUGUUAUCUGGGAUUUUUCUAAAUGUACUUAUUGUAAAGCUGAUGCAGGAACGUUGUAUUAGGAACUUCUUUGGCCGUUGCAAUAGCAACCGAUGGUCGGUGCCAAAAAUACAAAUCAAAAUCAGAUUCCGAGAAUCCUGGAAAUACUGAUGCGUCAACAUGUUUAGGAGGGUGGUUCUCGGAUGUACAAAUUUAUCAGAAAAUAAAAACUUCACAAUCUGUCGGACACAUUUUCAAAUGUAUAUCUGUGGUGCCUUUUUCUCGAAUAUUUGUACCAGAAAUAUCUCGGGACAUUUCUCCAUUGAUCCCUUCAGCGCCAAACACGUAGAUCUACGUGGCCCAAAUCCCCCUCUUUGAGCUGGUUAUCGGAGUCUAACGGACUUCAUUGAAGAACUACGCCAUCGCCAUCUUCAGGGCAAGGUAGGAACUGAAAAGACCAAACAGUUCAGUUCCCACUUUUCAGUUCUUACCGUGCCCUGAAGAUGGCGAUGGCGUAGUUCAAAACUUUAAAUGACCUCAUGAAAGAACUACGUCAUCGCCAUCUUCAGGGCAAGGUAGGAACUGAAAGGACCUUUUCUUGUAUUUUCAGUUCCUGCCUUGCCCUGAAGAUGGCGUAGUUCUUUCAUGAAGUCCAAAUUCUAAUUCUAAUUCAAAUUGAUUUAUUACACUAAAAUACCCUCUAGGGGUCUAUGGUAAUAUACAAUAAUUUCAAGCAAAUAUACAGUACAAAAUAAGAUAAAGUAGAAUAAAAAAUAUGUAUUACAUGUGAAAUAGUCCAUGAGACUAACCAGCUCAAAGGGGGAGGGGGAGGGGGGAUUUGGGCCACAUAGAUCUACGUGGUUCGGCGCUGAGUGAAGGUGUUAAAAAGCUCCUGUGGAAAGAGGGGUGGGGUGGGUGAGAGGGAAAUUCUAUAGUUGUAGAUAAUCCAGAGAGUAUCAAUAUCAUGGAACACAUUUACACUGCAGCAGUUCACAGUAUACUAUGAUGACGUUUUCCCCGAGAUGAUUGGUUAUUAUGUUUUCUGAUUGUUACUGUAAAUAAGAUGAUGCAAGAAUUCUAAUACAAAUAAAUCUAAUGAAGUAUA